AUGGCUUGUGUCACACUAUCAAAACGAGGCAUCAAAAUAUCAAGUAGUAGUAAAGGUCCGUUGAAGCUGUCUUACGCGGAUACGCAUCCUAUGUUCACAAGUGCCCAAUUCCCGAAUUUCUUCCGCGUAGUACCUAGUGAAAACGCCUUCAACAAACCUCGUCUUAGUCUCUUGUCAUAUUUCAACUGGACUAUCGUUGGAACGAUAUACCAGAACGAGCCGCGAUAUUCUUUGGCGCACAAUAAGCUGGUGGCGGAGUUGGAUAAGAACAACAGAAUGAAUUUCACGGUGAUUGAGACGCAGAGCUUUGCGACGGAGGUCGGGACGGCCAUCCGGAAGCUCCAAGAGAAAGACGUGCGGAUUAUUUUAGGCAAUUUCAAUGAGUCUUGGGCGCGGAGGAUAUUCUGCGAGGCUUACAGGGUGGGGAUGGUGGGGCGUAAAUACCAGUGGUUGAUCAUGGGCACCUACUCGGUGAACUGGUGGAAGGUGCCGGAAACUAAUUGCUCAAUAGAAGAACUCGAAGCGGCGCUCGAUGGUGUGAUUCUCACCGAUUUUUUACCUCUCGCAACUAGCGGUGAGAUCACCAUAUCCGGCGUGAUGGACAACGGCGGAGGAGUACAACAGGCCCGUGCGUGUAUUUGGGGCGUGGUCGACAGAGACCCUUGCCGUACUCUCGCCACGCACCAACUCAACCUCCCGGUCCUCCGCCAAGCAGCCGACGCGACCUGCCAAUUGGCCUACCUCAGCUUCCUGCGCCUCCCCCCUGGAGAGCGGGGCUCCUCCUGCCCCUUCGUGACAGGGCCCGCCACGGCGGACGAGUACAAGGUGGAGUACGACUCGCGGCGGGGGACGGAGUACUCGCGGUUCCACGGGUACACGUACGACGGGAUGUGGGCGGCGGCGCUGGCCAUCCAGCACGCGGCCCACCGCAUCCGCCACUUCCGCAAGAACCAGACGCUCGUCGACUUCCGCUACCGGGACCCCCUCUGGGAGCGCCUCUUCCUCGACGCCCUCCGGAACACCAGCUUCGAAGGCGUCACCCCUGAAUUCCUGAGCCCAGGUUUCUCCGUCAACACCCUCCACAUCCUCUACAUCCACACCCACACACACACCCUCACCCCACACACCACACCCACACCCCACAUCCUCCACAUCCUAAUUGGACCGCGCAAAGCACACAACGCCGCGCCACUGCUGUCUGCCUUUCAAGAACAUGGCGAGGAGGUGAAGGUGGGGGAAUACAAUGGUGUGACGGAGCACCUGGACCUAACGCAAGGGCGGCCCAUACAUUGGGGCCACGGAAAGGGUCCCCCCAAGGACCGCACCCUCACGAUGGUCGAGCGCUCUCGCGUCAAUUUAGCAAUUUUUUUCUCUUUAGCAAUUGCAGCCGCGUGCGGAAUUUGUAUGGCUGUGGUUUUCCUUGUUAUCAAUAUUAGAUUUCGUAAUCAAAAGUAUAUCAAAAUGUCUAGUCCUCAUCUGAAUAACUUAAUAAUAGUGGGUUGUAUACUGACGUACAGCAGCGUGAUCUUCCUGGGGCUGGACUCGACGUUGACCAGCACGGAGGCGUUCCCGUACAUCUGCACGGCUCGCGCUUCCCUCCUCAUGUCUGGCUUCUCGCUCGCCUUCGGCGCCAUGUUCUCCAAAACGUGGCGCGUCCACUCCAUUUUCACUGACGUUAAGCUCAAUAAAAAAGUUAUAAAAGACUAUCAAUUAUUUUUAGUGGUUGGCGUCCUGCUGUCUGUAGACUUUGUCAUUAUGAUAACGUGGCAAGCCAUAGAUCCUUUUUUUCGAGAAAUUAGACAUAUGGAGCCUUAUGUAAGUACAUAA